AUGGCCAGGAAGCGCAUAAACACGUUGUCAGACUCAUCACUGACACCAUUACCAGACAAUGUCCCUUCUGCAACAGACAUAGUCGGCGCUGUAGAGCCUGUGCCGACUGGCAAGAAACGUAAAGCCACAGCCAUUGUGAAGACUCCCGCCAAACGCGCGAAGAAAGUUGUUGAAGCAGAAGUAAAAGCUGCGACCUUUGUGCCAGCCAUCGAGGACGAUGGACACGUUGAUGUUAAGGCGGCAGCAAAAAAAACGAUUACGCGCAAGAAGAAGCAUGUCAUCGAUGAGGACAGUGAUGCGAAUGUGGAAGUCAAGACCAAGGUUGCCAAACGUAAGCUCCAAGUAAUGAAGAAGUUGGAGCCACUGGCAGAGCGCACUCAAGAUACUCGGCUACGCGUCGGUGCGCAUAUCAGCGCAGCAGGUGGGGUACACAACUCUCUUAUGAAUGUGUUACAUAUUGGUGGUAACGCUUUCGCGCUCUUUUUGAAACAACAUCGCAAGUGGGAUAAUUCGGAGCUCGAUCCUAAAGUAGCACAACUCUUCAUAGAUGGGUGCAAAGAGCACAGUAUUGACCCUGCAGAGAGCUGUCUACCACAUGGUUCUUACCUCGUCAACCUCGCGCACCCAGAUCCGACGCGCAAGAAGCAAGCCUACGACUCAUUUCUCAAUGAUCUCAAGCGCUGCAACAAACUCGGAAUCAGAUUCUACAAUUUUCAUCCAGGCAAUGCCAACGCAGGCACUCGUGAAGAGGGGAUACGGAUGAUCGCACAGAACCUCAACGAAGCCCAUCGAGACCCUGAAACAGGCACUGUCAUCACUUUACUUGAAACCAUGGCAACCUUGGGCAAUACCAUUGGCGGCACAUUUGCAGAUCUCGCCAGCAUUAUCCAACUGGUUGAGGACAAGAGUCGUGUUGGAGUAUGCCUGGAUACCUGUCAUGUCUUCGCCGCAGGGUACGAUCUGCGCACCUCGGAGGCAUAUGCCGCAACCAUGGAGCAAUUCGAUGAGGUGGUUGGCCUCGAGUAUCUAAAAGCCUUCCACGUCAACGACAGCAAGGCUCCAUUGUUCAGCAAUCGAGAUUUGCAUGCUCGAAUCGGUACUGGAUACUUGGGUCUUCGGUCUUUUCAUAAUCUAGUCAAUGACACUCGGUUCCAUGGUCUACCAAUGGUUCUCGAGACCCCAAACGAAGUGAUAAACGAAAAAGGCGAAAAGGUCGAUGAUAAAGGUGUCUGGGCUCGUGAGAUCAAGUUGCUUGAGAGACUUGUCGGAAUGGAUGCUGAGAGCGAUGAGUUCAAAAAGAUGGAAGCCAGGCUGCAAGAAGAGGGCGACGCUGAACGUAAGCGAGUUGGCGAGCAAGUGGACAGGAAGAACGCCAAAGCUGCUGUGCCAAAGAGGGGUAAAGGAAAGGGCAAGAAGAGGGUUGAUAGUGAGGGAGAAGACGAUUGA